AUGGAGAAUGAUGCUCUGCAGCACGCGCUGCCGUUCGAGGCCGUUGAGGAGCUCGCAGAUGUGAACACGUUCUCCUCUUCGACAUAUGGCAACCCACUACUCAAACCAGAAUUGCGAAACACCAAAAUGUCCACAAUCAGCAUGGCCCCAGAAUGCAGGCAAAAUAUCACAGAUCAAUGCGAACGCUUCGGACGUUACUCCUCAAUACUCGGCAAUACAUAUCGGUCAUCCUUGCCAAUACAAAGCGCGAAAGCUGUCCAGCAAACCGUGGCUGAGAUUGAUCGAAUCAUGCUGGAUGCCGAGAUUGCCAUACAGGAGAGGAUGUCUCGACUACGACGCGAAGUUGAUGAGUUUGAGAGAAAUGUGUCCGAAAACUCGGAUGGGGGCUGGUAUCGCAAUGUAGCAGAUUUGACAGCAUAUGAUUAUUCCAACUUCCAUAAGCUUAUAUCGACCAUGCGGAUUCGCGAUUUCGAUGACUUUGCCAACUAUCUCAAGGAGACAUUGCCCGCAGCGGCGAAUGAAGCGAGACCGGUCCACGAGUAUUCUCACCACCACUUUACGGGCAAGAUCAGAAAUCUCCUUGACAUCGCGUUGAGAUCUGCCAGCCAUUCUACAGCCUUUUCGCUCCUCGCCACUGUCAAGGCCAAAGUGUUCGUUCUCAAUCGAGGUAGGGUUCCUCCCCGUCACCUUGAACGCCUGGUGGCAGACAUCGAUGCCCGAUUGCUCCAAAUGCUGGACGUGCAUUCGAACAUAGACGGCAAAGACGAGUACUGGGACUUUGCAUCUUCUUGGAGACUUCUCGUGACCUCGUGGGAAGACAUGGCGUCUGACGCUGGUCCUUUGCUGCGGGUGCUGGAUCCUAUUCGAAAGAAGGCUGAAAAAGAAAUUCAAUACCGCUCUUCGCUUGCCGUGAACAGGAGACUACCUCAGGAAUUGGCUGAUCUGAUUUUCGAAUGGGCCAUGGUGGUGGAAGAAGUCCCUCUCGAGGCUUGA